UAAUUCUUUUAUUAUACAUAUGUUCAUGUUAUUAAUUUUUAAUAGAAAGUUUAAUUAGAUAUAAUGCAAUUUGCUAUUAUAGAAUUGUAUAAUAAGAAAAGAGCUCAAUGAUGAUAAGCAUUAAUUUUAGAAUUUCAUUAAUUAAACAAAUGGAAAGGGUUAAACCUUUGAAACUGUUAUUGGCACAUACAAAAUCUUGCUUAUAUGCAAAUUCUACACGAUCAUUCUCUAACAGCAAUAAUAUUGAUAAUAAUCAAAUAAAACAAAAUGAAUUGGAAAGAAUAAUGUAUGAGGAAAGAAACAAAUUAUUGAGCGAUGUUAAAGAGUAUGUAACUAUAGAAAAAUAUGUGAAUAUUAUUAAUCCUAAACUAGCUGAAAUUUGUCCGAAAAAAUAUAUGAAAAUAAUAAGCAUUAAAGAAGACAUUUUAUAUUUGAUGGAUAAAUGUACAGCUAAAAAAUUUGUCCAAUUGAUUAUCGAUGAUCUUUCCAAAAAUAUGAUUUUUGUAGCUGAAUGUAAUCCUGGGAUGGGUUUAUUAACAGAAGAAUUAUUAAAAGCUGGUAUUAAAGAGAUAUAUGCUUAUGAAACAAACGAUUGUUUUUAUCCUACGUUAAAUGAAUUAAAAACGAAAUAUCAUAAUAGGCUACAUAUAAGAAAAGCGAAUUUAUUUAAGAUGAGCAAAUUACAUUACAUGGAUCAACAUGAUAACAUGGAUAGAAUAAAAGAUACAUUAAAUGGUAUUUCCAAUCUAGCUUGGGAAAAUGAUGUAACAUACAUGCAAGUUAUUGGAGCAUCUACUGAUUUAAAAUUCUUUAGACAUUUAAUAUUGGCUAUGGUGUUUCGUACAAGUUUUAUGAAAUUUGGAAGACCAUCUUUUUAUGUAGCAAUAUCACCAUCUAUUUGGCAUGAUCUAAAUUUUCCAAACAGUAAAGCCAUAAUGCAUUAUCUUUACAUUUGCUAUCAAACAUUAUUCAAUUGUAAAUAUUUAGGAGAUAUAGAAAGAAUGGCGUAUAUACCUUGGAGAAAACGAGCAUUAAAGAGGCAAUCCAAAAUGCAUGAUCAUGAAAUAUUAAAUGUUGUUAAAAUAGAACCCAAACCUGAUCUUUUUAAUAAUUAUUUGAAAUUAGAAGAUAUAAUACCUUAUUGGUAUUUUCUUAAAUAUCAUUUUACAGGAAUAGAACAAAAGAUAAUACCUGAAUUGGAAAAAUGGGUACCAGGAUGUGGAUUAAAAUUAAUACGAAUGAAUUAUAAUAUAUAUACUCGUUUUAUAGAUUUAUCACCUAUUGAAUGUUUCAAUCUUUUUAAAGAAUUUAAAUCCUGGCCGGAAUUUGAAAGUUCUAUGUUUUUACCAAGUGCUCAUAGUUAUGUACAAUUUUUCAAUCGAAUCAACACACCUACUAAAAUCAAUUGACAAAUAAACAAUUAAUAAAA